UAUAUUUUUGUUCCAAAAGAAGUAGUAUUUCUCUAAAUGCUCUUAUCUUCAUAUAAAAAUAACCCAAAAAAAAAAAGAUAUAGAUAUUUCUCUCUUUUCUUCUUCUUUAAGGUUUCCUUAUAACAAAACAUUAAAAAAAAAUGUCCAACGUCUAUCUUAAGCAUGCUCGUUACGGUAAGGAUCUCGUACGUAUUAUGAGAGUCUACAAGGAAGGAAGUGUUCAACAUUGUACCGAACUUACUGUUCGACUCUUGUUGGAAGGUGAUAUCGAAACUUCCUACACCAAGGCCGAUAACUCUGUGAUUGUUGCCACAGAUACUUGCAAGAACACUGUAAAUAUUCUUGCUAAGCGUAGUGAGAAUGUUGAUAACAUUGAAGUGUUUGCUCAAGAGAUUACUAGCCACAUGUUAAAACAAUAUAGUCAUAUCUCUGGUGCUUUUGUGGAUAUUAUCAAGCACAAGUGGACUCGUCUUUUGGUGGAUGGUAAGCCUCACCCUCAUUCAUUUGUACGUGAUGGAGAAGAUGUUCAAACCACCAGUGUUCAACAUUAUCGUGCCGGUGAUCAAAUUAACAUCACUUCUGGUCUGGAUAAGCUUCUUGUCCUCAAGACCACUGGAUCUGCUUUCCAUGGUUUUUACAAGGAUGAAUACACUACUUUGGUCCCUACCUGGGAUCGUAUCUUCUCUACCGCUGUUGAUGCCAAAUGGACUUUUACUUCCAAGUCCGCUGAGACGCUUCGUCAUGUGGAUUUCAAGGCGAUUCAUGCGGGUGUCCGACAAAUCACAUGCGACACUUUUGCCAAAGAUGAUUCUGCCUCUGUUCAAGCUACACUUUAUUUGAUGCAACAACAAAUUUUGGCAAAAUACCCUCAAGUCGCUGAAGUUUCUUAUUCUUUGCCCAAUAAGCAUUAUGUUGGUAUUGAUUUGAGCAAGUUUGAUAUUGAUAACACUGGCAAGAAUGCUGCUGUCUACCAUCCUCAAGCUGAUCCCUCUGGUCUGAUCACUGCUGUUGCUGCACGUAAGGAGUCCAAGUUGUAAAGAGAGAGAGGGCGAGAGAGAAUAAAGUUUUUUUUUGGGUUGAUCCUGCAAAAGCGACCCAUUGGCUUGGGACAGUUUAUGUUGUCCCAAUAGUAUAUAUCCCAUAAGUAAAUAAAAUAAAAAAAAACAUUCACCAGCCACAGGUUGAAGCUGAAUUUAGUUUUACCC